AUGUUCGAGAACGACUAUAAAGCUUGUGGUGCACAGAAAUCGAGCGUGGGGUUUAAUCCAGACGAUAGUAUGAUCGCCCGUGGAACCAUCAUAAGCACCAUAUCGCAACGUACCGAGCUUUCUGACGAUGACCCUCAACUCUGCAACCCCGACUUUACAAAGAAAAGGUUGAAUGUCGCAUACGAAAUUUCCGGAGCUAGGGAAAACGGCACGCAUAUCUACGCAAAAACAAGCAGAUCUGUCCUAGACGCUUGCCGUUUGUCGAUCAUAGGAGGCCGCACUUAUAACUUCUCAACAAAUGCCUUCGUCCGUGUAUACGACAUCACAGAUCCAGCGCCAUUUGAAGCAUGGGAAACCCUAUUUCUACCAGAAAGUCUUCAGAAUACGUCAGAGUCCGGAGAGACGAUGGCCAGUAAUGAGAUUUACGUUUUCCUAAGGUUCGCCUUAGCAAAUCGUUGUUUCGUGUUGCUAGACAAUGAGUAUUUUGGCUUCGCCCAUCAGAAUUGUGAGCCAGGCGAUGUCAUAGUCGCAUUGGGUGGCGGGCCUGUUUUAUACGUUCUUCGCCCGUUACAAACUGGCAACUAUACAUUUAUCGGUACUGCGUACAUCCAGGACAUGAUGGAUGGCGAGGCCUUCAAAGACGGUGCGAAACUACAAUACUUCACGAUUGUGUGA